CUUGCGAAGAAGGUGCAUCGUGUUUGACGUCAGCUCGUGUUCGUUUGGUGCUCGAUUUUAUUUGCUCGCAGCCUCUAUUUCACCAUGCUUCCUGUCUCAGUCGUUGUUUUAUCGUACCAUCUCCUGUUCCUAUUCCGUCUUCACUUGUAUGUUCGUUUUCGGUAGGCUACUCACCAUCAUUGGUGGGUCUGUCCCAUGACCUGCACAAUGCGCCUGCCUUCUCUGUUUUCGGGUGCUUCUUGUCGCUAAGGACGUGCUUGCCUCGUCGCCCUCUUGGUAGUGCAGGAAUUGGAUCACUGGCGGAUCGGGCGAGCGUGUGCUGAUGUUGUAGUAGUGAUGGUGUGGCGGGGAUUGAGAGUAUCGUUUUCAGGUGUGUAAGCACCAGCAAUUCCCUCAGCAGAAUUGGGGUAUCCUCAUUCUCGCCGACUUUGUCCUUCUCGAUUUUAUCGGCAACCUGGCCCCUGUAGAGUCCUUAACGCAUGCGAGUGGGCGCAAGCUACAACCCAGCCACGAGAUUCCCCGUCCGAUGGCCCAGGUGCCAGUAGACUCUGACGAAGUACCGGAACUGCCAGAAGAGCUCAACCCCUCUGCGUUACCGAAGCAUGUUGCCAUCAUCAUGGAUGGCAAUUCAAGAUGGGCUGAGCGGAGGGGACUGCCUGCAAGCAUGGGGCAUGAAGCCGGGGUACGAUCGCUCAAGGAAGUCGUCAAGCUGGCUCAUACAUGGGGCAUCAAAGUUCUUACCGUCUUUGCUUUCUCCACCGAGAAUUGGUUGAGACCAAAGACGGAGGUCGACUUCUUGAUGCUAUUGUUCGAGAAUGUUUUAAAGAACGAGCUGAGCAUUCUAGCUAAGGAGAACGUUCGCGUGCAUUGCAUGGGCGAUUUGAGGUCGUUGCCCGAGUCCUUGAGGAACAUGGUAUCAACAUUGGAUGAACGCACAAAACAUAAUACCGGCCUCAAAUUUUGCAUAGCCCUGAGCUACAGUGGCAGGUAUGAUAUUACCAACGCCUGCCAGAGGCUGGCGGCCAAAGUGGAGGCUGGGGAAAUGAGCUCCUCAGACAUAAACGAGGCUGUGAUUGAUGAAGAGAUGAAGACGAGCUGGCUUGGUGAAGCGCGCAACCCAGAUUUGUUGAUACGUACGAGUGGGGAGCAGCGACUUAGUAAUUUCCUACUUUGGCAGAUAGCAUAUUCAGAGCUUUAUUUUGUAGACUCUUUAUGGCCAGACUUUGGGUUUGUUCAAUUUAAAGAAGCCCUGCUGGCGUACCAGAACCGGAGUAGACGGUUCGGCAAGCGCAAGUGAUCCAACUUUUGGACCUGAUUGAUCCAUUGAUUCAUCACAUUUUUCUCAUCCUCCUUGCUAUGUUUCCCUUCCUUCCAGUUCUUACUAGACGUUGCGUUUUCCUCUUUUAUGGAAUUCGCAGCAGGAGGACACAGAGUGGCUUCAAUUCCAGUAGAAGUUGAAAUCAGUCUUUUUUCUCUGGGAUUUCUCCUUAAGUUCUAUGCAGAAGCAUCCACUUGAUACCUAUCAGGCACUGAUUGCUGCAAAGGCGAAUCCAAAUAUCUCGUUGGCUCCAUAAAUAUUAAGGGAGUGAACUCCUUUGCGAA